UCCAGCCCGCCACCGCAGCGGGACGAAGGCCUCGAGGCACCGCCUCGGCCUGCCUGCAGCCCGCCCGGGCGCGCCUCCCCUGCGCGCGCCGCCGCCACCGCGCGGACCUGCCUGCGCCCGCGCGGGGGGCCGCCCGCGCGGAGGGCCGCGGCAGAGCAGCCGGGGCCCCGCCCACGGCCCGCGCCUCGCGAGGCGAGCCGGCUCGCCAGCCGAGGCCUGCGAGGCGCCGCGGCAGCGGCGAGGAUUCAGGAUGCCCUUCUGCCCCGUGCCGCACACCACCCGCGACCAGGUCUGGCUCGGCGUCGGCGUGGGCCUCGGCCUGCUCGCGGCCCGCCGGCUCUGGCGGCGAGACCGCGCCGCCGCCAGGAACGAGCAGGGCCCCUGCGUGCUGCCCGCGCCGGCGCGCGUGGUGGAGGUGAAGGAUCGCGGCGGACGCAACGGGGGUCAGCGCCAACGUUAAGUCGGGCCUGUGCCUCUACAGGAGGG